AUGUCCUCCACCCACACCACCAUGGCAGUAUGUCAAUUCUUCCUGCGCGGAAAUUGCAGGUUCGGCGACAAAUGCCACAACGAGCACCCGCAGGACAGAACGCGCCAGGGCGGGUUCGGAAAUGCAUCAUGGACGAAUCCAAAUAACACUACUAAUAAUGCCCCAGCUGGUCCAAAGCAGGUCCCGUUCUCCAUCGACAGCAUCGCGCGCGACCUCACCGCAGGGCAAGACAAGCCCCUGUGGUCCCUAUCCUCCUACGGCCCCGCGAAGCACGAGCCGCUGCUCAUCAGCGCACUCGACGAGUCCUUCGAGGAGCUCCGCGUGCGCGCGACGCAGGCGCUCAAGCAGGGCGGAAACGCGAGCGCCGAAUACAUGAAAUACGAAUCCGACAAAAUAGCAGCAGCCGAACAGGUCUUCGCCAACGCGCGCUCGAAUCCGACCGCGCUGUUCACCCAGGCCUCGAGCGUGAGCGGCGGCACCGGCGCCGUCAGCGCCUCUACGGCUGGCAACAAUCCAUCGGCGUUUGGAAUGGGUGCGCCGUCAGGGUCGGCGUUCGGGAACGCGGGCAACACCUCGGCCUUUGGAAACGCGGGCAACACUUCGGCAUUUGGGAACGCGGGUGGGGCGUCUGCGUUCGGUGGUGCGGGAGGAGGGAGCGGGACGUCGAUUUCAGCGUUCGGGAACCCGGGGAGUGGGGCGUCGACGUCGGCGUUUGGCCAGCCGUCUGCGUUUGGCGGCACGGGCAACGCAGGCGGGUCUGCCUUUGGCAAGAGCGCUUUCGGCCAGUCUGCGUUUGGGCAGAGCGCGUUUGGAGGCGGUGGUGGUGGAGGAACGACGUCUGCGUUUGGCUCUGGCUCUGGCAACGCCGCCUCUGGCUCUGCGUUCGGAUCGGCGAGCAAUACGGCGGGCACGUCGCCCUUCUCACAAACACAAACACAGCAGCCCGCGUUCGUGUUCGGACAGGCUCCAUCACAAGCAGGACAGCCCCCAGCCUCGACAUCACCACCGUCCGCGUUCGGCUCUACCACGCAGCCUGGCACAUCCGCAUUCGGGCAGACAAGCGCGCCUUCGGCGUUUGGCUCGUCGUCGCUCAUCAAGCCCGCCACAGGCGCAUUUGGCGCUCCUUCAACCAGCGCAUUUGGCAGUGGCACCUCGUCAAAUUCAGGAGGAGGCGGAGGCGCAUUUUCCUCGUUCGCAGCGCAGCCCUCGGGCUUUGCUGCUGCAGCCGCGGCCACUAAACCCAGUGAUGGAAGCGGGGAUGCACCGUCAUCGGCCUUUGGGACGUCUGGGUUCGCCUCUGGGACGACGGGCUCUGCGUUUGGGUCAGGGGGCAACACGGCGUCUGCGUUUGGCUCUAAUGCAGCGAACAAUAACAAUAGCACUACGUCUGUGUUCGGCACACGCCCCACGCCUGCGUUUGGCAGCACCGGAUUCGGUGGGGGUGCUGGCGCUGGUGCAGCACCCCCGACGACAUCCGCGUUCGGGAGCAGCGCGCCUGCAGCACCCACAUCCGCGUUCGGCAAUCUCUCAACGACAAACACGACUCCUGCGUUCGGCUCCUUGUCCACAGCAGCAGCUGCAGCGCCUGCCUUUGGGAGCACAGGCUUCGGGAACGCAGCUGCGCUAGCGCAGACGUCGGCGUUCGGCCAGCCAACGGUGCCCGUGUCCGCCUUUGGCUCUUCUUCUUCUUCUGGCGCUGGUGCAGCGCCAACGUCUGCGUUCGGCAGCGGUGCGAAGCCCCCCUCCGCGUUUGGAGGCUCUGCGUUCUCCUCCGCACCCCAAUCCGCAUUCGGUAGCGCACCCUUCCAGAACACCACGAACCAGCCUUCGUUUGGCGCUUCAGCGCUCACAGGCGGAGCAGGGGGAGGAAAAGGUGUACCGGGCCCACCGGACUUUACGCGCGCCAAGACGGCGGUGAAGGCGGGGCACGACCGGUAUGCGGCGCUGUUGCCGGAGAACUAUGGCGAGAUUUUGCCGGAGGUGGCGAGGGCUGCGUUUAUGGCGGAGAGGUUUGAGUGGGGCGGGGUGCCGGAGUGGGUGCCGCCGAGGGAGGUGCGGUAGGAUGAGGAGGUGAAGAUGGUUGCUGUAAUAUCAUACGUACAUAUAUCAUGUUGGGACGUUUUGC